AUGGGUACUACCCAAGUUUACAACUUUCAACGAAUACUUUCAGUCAGAAGUUGUGGUAACAGAGCUGGAUGCAAGAGUAAAGAAAUUGUACAUGGAAUUUUUGCUGUGUUUAUGGAACGGAGACACGUUAACCAAAGAACCAUAAAUGAUAUCAAUCCAUACGAUAAAACAAGACACUUACCUAACGAGCUUCUCUACCUAGGAAUCGGUGUAGCAGCAAAAAUAAACACUCCGGUAAUAAAGGCUGACAUUACUAGGCGGAAAGAAUUUUUGAAUAGGUGCAAAGAUUUUCUUGUCAAAUCUGCUAUGCAAAUUAAAAAAAGAUGGAAUUUUAACAACGAGGCGCUUAUAAAAAUUAAUCUAUUAAGCCCUAAAAAUGCUUUGAGUCAAUCUGUGCGAGAACAAAAUCCUACCAUUCUGUCUAUUCACCAUUGCCUGAUGCCUCAAGCUUUCCGAGAG